AUGGUUGACUCGAAACAGGUACUCAAGCUAUACAAACAACUUCUCAACAAAGCUUAUAAAUUUGACAAUUACAAUUUCCGUGAAUACUCAAAACGCAGAGUACAUGACGCAUUCAAAGAACACAAGUACCUAACUGAUGAACUGCAGAUAAAUAAGUUUUACAAUGAAGGUAUUGACAAUCUAGCGUUGUUGACGAGACAGACUACGAUUUCUCAGUUGUAUACAUUUGACAAGUUGGUGGUUGAGCCGUUGAAGAAGCAUCAUUAA